ACUCGGAUGCCAUGAGCAGCUCUUAUGAAUCCUAUGAUGAAGAGGAGGAGGAUGGAAAAGGGAAAAAAAUGAGACAUCAGUGGCCUUCUGAGGAGGCUUCUAUGGAUCUGGUGAAGGAUGCCAAAAUCUGUGCCUUCCUCCUUAGAAAGAAACGAUUUGGGCAAUGGACAAAACUUCUGUGUGUUAUCAAAGAAAACAAACUACUGUGUUAUAAAAGUUCCAAGGACCAGCAACCUCAGAUGGAGCUGCUGCUGAAUGACUGCAGUAUCACAUACAUUCCCAAAGACAGCAAAAAGAAGAAGCAUGAGCUGAAAAUCACUCACCAAGGAGCGGAUGCACUGGUUCUAGCAGUACAGAGCAAAGAGCAGGCGGAACAGUGGCUAAAGGUUAUAAAAGAUGUGUGCAGCAACUGUACCGGAGCUGUGGACUCAGAUGGGCCGUUGUCUAGUUCUCCGGUGCACAAGACAGAACUGGAAAAGAAGUUGUCAUCUGAAAGGCCGAGCUCGGAUGGGGAAGGUGCUGUGGAAAAUGGCAUCACUAUGGUGUGCAAUGGCAAAGAACAAGUGAAAAGGAAAAAAAGUUCAAAGUCAGAAGCCAAGGGCACAGUGACCAAAGUAACAGGGAAAAAAAUAACAAAGAUCAUCGGUUUAGGAAAGAAAAAGCCAUCAACAGAUGAACAGACCUCAUCAGCUGAAGAAGAUGUUCCUACAUGCGGAUACCUCAACGUGCUCUCAAAUAACCGCUGGCGUGAGCGCUGGUGCAGAGUGAAAGACAAUAAGCUCAUUUUCCACAAGGACAGGACAGAUCUGAAGACCCACAUAGUUUCCAUCCCUCUCCGUGGCUGCGAGGUCAUUCCAGGGCUGGACUCCAAGCAUCCCAUGACCUUCCGACUGCUUCGAAACGGGCAGGAGGUUGCCGUGCUCGAGGCUUCAUCGUCUGAAGACAUGGGCAGAUGGAUUGGGAUUUUGCUGGCUGAAACUGGGUCUUCCACAGACCCCGGCGCCCUGCACUACGACUACAUUGACGUGGAGAUGACGGCGAGCGUCAUCCAGGCUGCAAAGCAGACCUUCUGUUUUAUGAACAGGCGAGUCAUAUCUACAAAUCCGUAUCGGGGAAGCACUGCCAACGGCUACGCAUGUCCAAGUGGAAUGGCACUUCAUUACGAUGAUGUUCCCUGCAUAAAUGGAUCGUGGGAACCAGAAGAUGGCUUUCCUACUUCCCGUAGCAGGAAUAUUGGAGAAGAAAUGCUUUAUGAUAACGCAGGCCUGUACGAUAACUUGCCAUCUCCAAAAAUCUUUGCACGCUAUCCAUCAUCUGAGAGAAAAGCCGCUAGGUUAUCUGCUGACAAACUCUCCUCUAACCAUUACAAACACCCUGUCUCCUCCAAUCUGUCUUCUGCUCAGUCUGUCACUAAUACCUCUGCUGUGGGGAGGGGAUCUGUAUCGCAGGUUAGAGGCAAGAAACCUCCUGCAGCUGCUAAUGGGAUCACAGGAAAAGGGAGAACUUUAAAUAGCCAGCCGAAGAAAUCUGAGUCCGUGUCGUGCGUGAAGCGCACAGCAUCCAAUGCCGAGCAGUACAAGUACGGCAAGAACCGCGUGGAGGCCGACGCGAAGCGGCUGCAGGGCAAAGAGGAAGAAUUGCUCAAGAGGAAAGAAGCGCUCCGGAAUCGGCUGGCCCAGCUCCGAAAGGAAAGGAAGGAUCUCCGAGCUGCCAUUGAAGUCAAUGCUGGCAGGAAGACUCAAGUGAUUCUUGAAGACAAGCUGAAGAAGCUGGAGGAGGAGUGUAAGCAGAAGGAGGCCGAGCGUGUAAACCUGGAGCUGGAGCUGACGGAGGUGAAGGAGAGCCUGAAGAAAGCCUUGGCGGGCGGCAUCACCCUGGGCUUGGCCAUCGAGCCCAAAUCAGGAACAUCCAGCCCUCAGUCCCCAAUUUUCAAGCACCGAACUUUGGAAAACUCCCCCAUCUCCAGCUGUGAUACUAGCGAUACUGAAUGCUCGAUACCUGUGAACAGUGCAGCAGCUCUGAAGCGACCUCCUUCCUCAAAUAAUUCUCCUUGUCGAGGUCAUGUACUCCGAAAAGCAAAGGAAUGGGAGAUGAAAAAUGGAACAUAAGUAAAUGUAGCAAAACCACUCACUUUCCAUAAAGGCCUUACCUGUUAUGGACCAAGACACAGGCUGCAAAAGACUCAGCUGCAAAGUGGUAUCGAGUGAUACGACGUAAGAGGUUUUAUAAUUCUGUUAAGUUAAUGGUAGCUUGGCCCUCAUUUGUCUGUAUUCCCUCUACUGUAUUGCUGUGUAACUAUGUGUGCCCCCUUUUAUUACCUGUAACUCCUUGUUUCCAACUUCAUUUGUACAGAAAAUGAAAACCAAAAGCCAAAACAGUGAUAGUAAGUAAAAAGGAGCAUAUAGUUGCUACUGAAAGUUUACUUUGCAGGAAAGAGUUUAGACCAACAAUGUUAAUGGUGCUGCAUCAGAUGGCCUGAACAGCCCUGCAGACUGGUGCGUUACUGAAGACCAAUGUGAAAUCCUUCAGAAUUGACGUGCUCCUAAGG